AAAUAAAAUAAAAAAACACAACGUAUGAUAGUUAACCGUUGACUAGAAAUUGUAUUAGUAAACGAUUCAUGUUGGCUCAUAUCUUCCACCUUAUCCUCCAAAGUGCUUUGAGCCUUACCAAAUUACUUUCACUUUUGAUUCUUCAUUUCCUUUCAAAAACAAAUCAACAUGGCGGAAUCACUACUCUUCGGAGUUGCAGAGUCAUUCAUUAGUAAGCUUGCUUCUGUUGCUGUCAAUGAAGCUUCUCUAGCGGGGCUGGGUGUCUAUGACGAUCUUUAAGAAAUAAAAAACAUUGUCUCACUCGUCAAAGCCGUGUUAUUAGAUGCUGAACAAAAGCAAUGGCAGAACAAUGAGCUACGUGAAUGGCUGAAACAGAUUAACCGUGUUUUCUACGAUGCCGAAGAUGUUAUAGAUGAUUUCGAAUGUGAGGCCUUGCGAAAGCACGUCAUCAACACUUCUGGUAGCAUCAGAAGGAAGGUAAAAUGUUUCUUCUCAAAUUCUAAUCCUCUUGUUUAUCGCUUUCAAAUGGCACAUCAAAUCAAACAUAUCAAAGAAAGAUUUGAUAAGUUUGCUGCUGAUAGGCUUAAGUUUGGCCUUCAAAUCAAUGAUAGUGAUAAUCGUGUUGUAAAAAGGCGCGAAUUGACACAUUCAUAUGUGAUUGAUUCUGAUGUGAUAGGAAGAAAACAUGAUAAACAAAAAAUCAUUAAUCUGUUAUUGCAAGAUAGUGGUGAUAGUAAUAGUCUCUCUGUUAUUCCUAUUGUUGGAAUUGGAGGAUUAGGAAAAACUACACUUGCAAAGGUCGUGUUUAAUGAUAAGAGUUUAGAUGAGACUUUUCCAUUGAAGAUGUGGGUGUGUGUCUCUGAUGAUUUUGAACUUGAGAAUCUGCUUGUUAAAAUCCUCAAUUCAGCUAGUGUUAGUGGUUCUGCUCUUGGUCCUAACCCAAUUCACCAAGAGAACUAUACAAACCUUGAUUUGAAUCAGCUACAAAAUCAUCUGAGAAAUGUGAUUCCUGGUAAAAAGUUCUUACUCGUCUUGGACGAUGUAUGGAAUGAGGAUCGUGUCAAAUGGGUUGAGUUGAAGAAUUUAAUACAAGUAGGUGCUGAAGGAAGUAAACUCCACUCAAUUGCCAAAAUGAUGGGCAUCAACACAUCAUACAUUUUGGAAUUGGAGGGUCUUUUUAGAGAGGAUUCCUUGUCUGUAUUUGUCAAAUGGGCUUUUGAAGAGGGAGAAGAGAAGAACUAUCCAAAAUUGAUGGAGAUUGGGAAAGAAAUUGUACAAAAAUGUGGAGGGCUUCCUUUGGCCCUAAGAACAUUGGGGAGUUCUCUAUUCUUAAAAGAUGAUAUAGAAGAGUGGAAGUUUAACAGGGACAGUGAAAUUUGGGAUUUACCACAAAAAGAUGACGACAUUUUGUCUGCUAUCAAAAGUUAUGAUCAGUUACCUUCUUAUUUAAAACAAUGUUUUGCUUGCUUCUCUCUCUUUGAAAAGUACUUUCCAUUUAUUAAUUUUGAUGUUAGUGUGCUAUGGGUGGCAUUUGGUUUUCUUCCACCACCAAACAUGGGUAAAACCUUGGAAGAUAUUAGCAUUCAGUUUCUGUACGACCUUCAGUCUAGAUCAUUUAUUCAAGAUUUUGUAGACUUUGGUGGUGGUUUUUGUGGAUUUAAAUUGCAUGAUUUAGUGCAUGAUCUCUCAUUGUAUGUUGCAAGAGAUGAGUUUCAAUUGUUGAAAUUUCAUGAUGAAAAUAUAUUCGAGAAUGUCCUUCAUUUGUCAUUUAUUAAAAAUGAUUUGCUUGGCCUAACACGAGUUCCUACAGGUCUGAGAACCAUGCUAUUUCCCAAGGGAGCUAACAAUGAAGCUUUCUUGAAAACAUUGGCGUCAAGGUUCAAAUUCUUGCGUGUUUUACGGUUAGCUCAUUCUAAAUAUGAGAGUUUUCCCCGCUCUAUUUGAAAAUUAAAACAUUUAAGAUAUCUCAAUCUUGAGAAUAAUAAAGAAUUGAAGAGCCUCCCUAAUUCAGUGUGCAAACUCCAGAAUCUGCAUACUUAUCUCGAUGGUUGCAUAAAGCUUCAAACAUUACCCAAUGGAAUAGGAAAUUUGAUCAGCCUUCGGCAGCUCUAUAUAACUACACAUCAAUCUACUUUCCCAGACAAAGAGAUUGCAAAGUUGUCAUCUUUAGAAUGUUUAUCCGUCGUAUCUUGUGACAAUCUAGAGGCUUUGUUUCUUGAAGGAAUACAUACAACUUUCUAAUCUUAAGUUGUUGGAGAUUGGUUCUUGUGGGAGUCUAAAGUCUAUGCCGCCAAUUCAUGUUUUUCCCAACUUAGAGGCUUUGGGGAUUGAUAAUUGUUUGAAACUGCCAUUAAGCAAUGACAACUUGUGAGUUUUCCGCAAUGGUUGCAAGGAUGUGCAGACACAUUACAAACCUUGGUAAUUGAUGGCUGUGAAAAUCUAGAGGAGCUUCCUCAGUGGUUCUCAACGCUGAUUUGUCUCAAAAUACUUCGAAUUCGAAAUUGCCCGAAAUUGUUUUCGCUCCCCGAAGAUUUACAUUGCCUUCCAAACCUUGAAAGUUUAAAAAUUGAAGAUUGUCCAGAAUUAGGUAGAAGAUACCGGCCAGGAGUUGGACGUGAUUGGCACAAGAUAUCACACAUCAAAGAAGUGAUCGUUGAAUCGACGGAAUUCGAAAAUUAAAAGGAAUUUACAGAUAUCACAAUCAAGGUUUAAAGAAUGGUGAAUUUGUGAUGCAAGUCAACAGAGGUUUGAAGUUGAAAGUUAUUUUUUUUACCAAGUUAUUUGAGUGAGCUAUCAAGUCAUUUAAGUCAACUAUCAUUUUAAUUCAUAUUGAAAAUUUAUUUGGUAUAAUUUCAAAUGAAUCAUCUGAUUUGUAAUUUGAGAUUUAAAGUUGUAUGUAUUAAAGUUUGUAAUUCGAGAUUUAAUAUGCAAGUGUGUAUGAUAGUAUGCAAAGUGCAAGGAAAAUAGUGCAGUAGAAAUAUUUGAGACAUCUUUAAAAAAAGAUGACACAAAAUUCAUAUCCA